AGUGCUCAUGUGUCUCUUUGUUGUAGCGCUACUCCAGGUCAAGGGCAGCAAGCUACCAAGACUGAGGUGAAGCAGGCUCAGGAUGCCUCUCAGUAAACACCACCGGGACUUCACAGCAAACAAGCAGGACAUUGUGUACACAGAGAUAAAGACAUGUAAAUCCCCACAGAAGCAAAGAAUACCUCCAGCCAAGCAGAGCCCUGCAGUGCUAAGUGAAGAGCUGGUGGUGAACUAUGCCAAGCUGUCAUUCCACAGAACGCGUCUGCUCCAGCCCCAAAAGCAAGUUGUUAGACGGAAAAGGCAAGGCUCCAAAUCAACAGUAUGGAGAGUAGUGACUGCCAUGCUUGGAGCCUUGUGUGUGGUGCUGGUGACAACCAUGGGGAUCUUACUUCCAAAAUUAUUUUCUAGACAAGAAGAACAAAGCAGAAAAAACUCACUUCAUCCUCUUCUGUGCCCUAUGAAGAAUAAUGGCUCCUGUCCUCUUUGCUCAAGUGACUGGGUUGCUUUUGGAAACAAUUUCUACCAUGUUUUUCGAGGAAUGAAAACCUGGGCAGACAGCCAGUCUGCCUGUGAGGAACUGAAUUCUCAUCUUGUGGAGAUAGACUCCAAAGCAGAGCUGGAAAACUUGUUAUUGUUUGCAAUUGAUGGCUGGAUUCUUCUCAAAAUGAAUGAAACCGAUUGGUCCUGGCUGUGGGGAUUUGACACUGCAACACAGCAAACCCUAAUUAAUGAUUCAGGAAAGAAGAAUCAUAGUUGCCAUUAUCUGAGUAGAAAACAAAUUUAUCCUGGUGACUGUCCAUCUAAGAAAUCAUACACCUGUGAAUUUAAUAUAUUAUGACACCUAUUUCAUUAACAUAAUCUUUAUUAAACUAUGAAUAACAAAAUAUGUCUGUUAUUUAUUGGUUCAUAAUUUUUACACUUAAUAUUAGUCAAAAGGC